AUGAGUUCGGUUGUGGGUCACGAUGCCGCAAACGUCAAGGUGCUAGAUGUGGCGUCUGUGGCUGUUGAUAGAGAGCGCCUCAGCUGCACACGAGUCCGUCGCUGCACAACAUUAACAGCCAUGGCCGAACCGACAGCCCCAGCACCGCCCGCCGCAGAAGAGGAGAAGGGACCCUCAAAGCGUGCGCUCGAGAAGGCAGCUAAGAAAGCAGCUGCAAAAGCAAAGAAAGCAGAGCAUGCGCUUCGUCCCAAAGAGCAGUCCAAACCUACCGCGAAGAGCGAGCCGACCAGUAUCUUCUCUGAGGGAUGGCUAAAGCGAAUCUACGAGGAAAAGCCAGUCAAAGAUGUGCGAACUCGAUUCCCGCCCGAACCAAACGGCUUCCUGCACAUUGGUCAUGCAAAGGCUAUUGCUGUUGACUUCGGCUUCGCAAAACAUCACAACGGAAAGUGCUACCUGCGCUACGACGACACAAACCCAGAGAAAGAGGACGAGAUAUAUUUCACUGCCAUCCUGGAUGUUGUCAAGUGGCUGGGCUUUGAGCCUUGGAAGAUCACGUACAGCAGCGACAACUUCGACAAACUUUACGAGCUUGCUGAGCAACUUAUCAACAAGGACGGCGCAUAUGUGUGCCACUGUUCGCGCGAGGAAAUUAAUAACCAGCGCGGCGGGCCCGACAAUCGAGGCAAACGCUAUGCUUGCGCACACCGCACUCGACCGAUUGAAGAGUCCAUCACUGAGUUCAGGGCCAUGCGCGACGGGAAAUAUCAGGCUGGAGAGGCUUUUCUUCGUAUGAAGCAGAAGUUGACGGACCCGGACGAAGGCAACCCCCAAAUGUGGGACCUACCCGCUUACCGCGUCGUCAAGGAGAACCACCAUCACAGGACAGGCGACAAGUGGAGAAUCUAUCCUACAUAUGACUUCACGCACUGCAUAUGCGAUGCACUAGAAGGCAUCACCCACUCUCUUUGUACAGUCGAGUUUCGCCAAUCUCGCAUUUCAUACGACUGGCUAUUGGAGCAACUGGACAUGAAAGUGCCCAAGUCUGAGGAGAAGGGUCCCAUGCAGAGAGAGUUUGGCCGUCUUAGCGUCGGUGGUACCAUUCUCUCCAAGCGGCGCAUCCUCCAGCUUGUUGAGGGUACAACUGUGGAAAAGAAAAAUGCGGAUGGCACAGUCGAGACAAGAAAAAUAGCUCCCGCGGUACGAGGCUGGGAUGAUCCUCGCCUGUUCACCAUGGUUGCCCUACGUCGUCGUGGUAUCCCAGCCAAGGCUAUGCUCAACUUUGUUGAUGAGCUCGGCGUCACCGAUGCGCUAUCUGAGAUUGAGCCUCCACGUUUCGAGGCCUCAAUCCGAAAGCAUCUAGAACGAACUGUACCUCGCCAGAUGCUCGUUCUCGACCCGAUCAAAGUCAUCAUUGAAGACUUCGCGGCCGAAGAUGAUCAGGAGGUGACAGUACCAUAUGAUCCAAAGGGCACUAUACCUGGUGAACGGAAAGUCAAGGUCGGUAACGCCGUCUAUAUAGAUCGUAGCGACUUUAGGGAAGAGGACAGCGAGGACUACUUCCGUUUGGCGCCCAACAAAGCCGUCGGUCUCUACAACGUUCCGUUCGCGGUUCAUGCGACUUCAUUCACCAAGGGCGACGAUGGCAAAGUCAUAGAGAUCAGGGCAGUCAAGGUCCCAGCGACGGAGAAGCCGAAAGCCUACAUCCAAUGGGUGGAUGUGGCGACUGCUAUUCCCGUUACCGCGCGUCUUUACAAUUCGCUCUUCAAGACCGAAUCGCCCAACACCCUAGACUGGAAGACGGGUGGCUGGGCAGAUGACCUAAACCCCAAUUCCGAAAUUAUUCAUGAUAACGCAGUCAUCGAGAAGGGAAUCAAGGGUCUUAUCAGCGAGACCUCUUUGGAACUGAGUGGCUCGUCAGAUGCAUUGGUCCGCUUCCAGGCGCUACGAACAGCCUACUUCUGUGUCGAUAUCGAAUCAACCGAGGACAAGAUCGUACUCAACCAAAUUGUGAGCUUGAGAGAAGACAAGGGAAAAUAGAUGAACAGAAAUUUCAUGUGCGUCUUAUCGCCGGAGAUGUGGUGUUCAGAGGCGUUUGCGCUAGGGUUGAAGCAUGUAGAGUAGUAUGAUAGGAAUAUUGCGGAUAACCCAAGCGUCGC